GGGAAAGCGCUGUGGGGCGGCGAGCUGGGGGCCUCCGCUGGGCAGAGGCCAGGCGGCCGCUUCUGCCGCACCCCGCGGACAGCCAGGGGGACCCCGAGCCCCAGGCCAUGGCCCGGCGUUUCCUGGCGCUGGUGGCCGGCUGCCUGCUCUGCUCGGCAUUUGGAAUAGUGCCAGAACCAAAAAAUGUAACAGUUAAUUCAGUUAACUUGAAAAGCACUCUACAGUGGGAUCCACCUACUAUUCACAAAGAAAAUAUUACUUAUACGGUCGAAUCUAUAAGCAGUCUUUAUAACAGGAAUAUGUGUGUGAACAUUAUCAUCACGGAGUGUGACUUCUCUUCUCUGCCUGUAUAUGGAGAAUACACCUUGCGAGUCAGGGCUGAAUCAGAGAACGAAAAAUCAGACUGGGUGAACAUCAUCUUUAAGCCACUUGAUGACACAAUCAUUGGACCCCCUGAUGUAAAAGUGAAAUCUGAAUCCGGAUCUUUGCAUGUAGAUUUCACAGGCCCUGUCGCUGUACAAGAGUCGCAUGUGUGGCCUUUAAAUAAAUAUUAUGGCUCUUGGGUUUACAGGGUGCUAUACUGGAAAAAAGGCAAUAGCGAAGAGGUUUAUACCGCAGAUACUAAAUAUAACUCAGAAAUAUUAUCUGGUUUGGACCCUUGGACAAUAUAUUGCCUUCAAGUUCAAGCAGUUAUUCCUGAAUGGAACAAAACAGGAAAACUGAGUGAAGAGUUCUGUGAUAGGACAACUGAUAAUGGUGUAACUCCAGUGUGGAUAAUUCUCACUGUUCUUCUAGUAUCAAUGUUGGUUGUUCUAGUAUCAGUUCCUGCCUGUUUCUUUAUCUUUUCAUAUAUAUAUCGACAGGCCAGAUAUGUCUUCUGCCCUACGUAUUCUUUUCCACAACAUCUGAAGGAGUUUUUGAGCAAGCCUUCCUACAGUUCGCAGUUUCUUUCACCAUGUUCACCUGAAGAAGAUCACUCCUUUGACAAGUUAACUGUCAUUUCAGAAGAAUCCGAAAACUGUAGUGAUGAGACAAGCAACAGAAAGGAGCAGCUUCAGGACUCCCAAGAAGAGAGUUCUAUUGCAGAAAAAGUUUCAGCUUUUGAAAAGGGACCAAGUUCAGUUAUACCUGAUUCAGGCUGAAAACAAGUACCCAAAUAGACAAUUAAAUACGACUUUAUAUUGAGAAUGCAACAGAAAGCGCUUGGUAAAAUUCCAGAUUUAAAAUGUGUAAAGAGAAUUUUGUCAAUCAUAUUUAUUUUUCAACUCUGAGAAACAUUAUUUUAAAUGACUCCUGAAGUGGGAUGCCAUUUUUAGCCACUCAUUUUUAAUGACUUAUUUAUAACCUGUGUCACAAAUUAUAUUGCACUAUAAUACGAUGCUUCUUGUAAUGUAAGUAUUAAAUAUAUAAUUCAUUAUUUUUAUUUUAUUGAAUAUUAUUAAAGUUAAUCAGAAUUAUGACCAGCACAACAUAGUUUUCAAAGGAAACUUUUCCUUUCCAAGAAAACUUUUAGAUUUAACUGAUUUCAGUAUGAAAAUCUUUGUAUUUUGUUUUAGUGGUUGACUUCAAGUCUGACUAGUAGUGAGUAGAUUAAUAUUUUAUAUUUGAUUUAUACAUGACACUAAAAUUAUGACAUUUUUCUUGAUAGGUACCACUUUAAUAAAAUAGUAGCAAACAAUGUCAGUAUGUUUUAAAUGUGAAAAAUUAGUUAUGGGCCAUAUUUCAUCAUAGGUUUACAGUAGGGCAAUGGAGCUAUGACAGUUUACACCCUUUAAGGAUCUGCCCCUAGUUCUUAAGCAAAUCACAUUGAGCCUAAUCCAAAAUCACUGAAGUCAAUGGAAAGACUUUCCAGGAAAUGGGAUUAAAUAUUAAACUAACCUCCAUGAAUCUGCUGGACCAUAUAACUUAAUACUCUGUUCAGAAAUGAUCAGCAUCUAGGCUAUAUUGCUGUGUACAUAAAACGAGGAGAGUUGCUGCAUGAGCUAAGAAGAAUAAUAUUGGGCAUAUAAUUUGGUUUUACUUUAAUAGAAACAAAUCUUUCAAGUGCUGCAAAGUUAUCUGAACAUACUUUGUUAUAUUUCUGAAAAAUGUCAAAUUUUCCUCAGCAAAAGUGGAUUGCAAUGAGUAUAUUAUGUAUAAAACAUAAUUUGUUAUGUAGGUGGCAAAAUUAAUUGCCCUAAUUUUUGUUUUUAUUAUAGGGGUAGGAUAAAUGUGCAUCUUUUGGAGAACUAAUUCAGAAAGAAUACACAAAAAAUAAAUAAAAUUGAUAUU